AAUCUAUGAUCGUCUAAUUUUCUUAUUAUGUAACAUGAUUUAAAGGGACGCCAUUACUUUAGCUAUUGGUUAACAACAAUUAAUGGGAUGAAUCAUUUUCAACACCUCAUGUGAGGAUUUUGUUGGCAUGUUUUUGUCUCUUUUGAUGAUGAUGGUAUUGUCAAUUUUUGUUGCUUUCGGAAAGUAUCAUAAUUCGGCGUUUUUAGUUCUAAAGUCCAAUUUUUAUUUUAAUUUUUAAUUUUCGAGUGUGUAAUUUGUUUCUCUGCUUUGCUUAAUAUUGACAUCACCUGGAAACUGUUGUUUAGUGGUAGACCGAUUCAUUGGCAGAGUAUUUCUGAUAGUUUCUUUUUCAAUUCAGUUUUCCAAAUUGUAGUAAGCGAAAAAUAUGAAUGUGGGAUUAUUUUACCUCAGUUGGCAUGGCCAUUUAUCAUGCUUUACUUGUAAAGUGUAGGUGAAAUGGGAACCUUAAAGAAUGCGACCACGAAUUUGGAAAACUAGGUCAAGUUGAAGAAUGAAGCUUUGAGAUCUAGAUAUUCCUGUCAAAGCUGUACCUGGUUGGAGUAUUAAGUUUUCGGAUAGGAUGUGUUUUGUGUCUACUGAUAGCAAAGUGAAUGUUAUAGCUUGUUUAAAUGAGCUAUCAUUUGACUCAUUUUAAAUGACAUGCAUGAUGGAGGGUGUUUGAAACCUUCCAUUUUACUAUGUGGGAUAUCUAUCUCAGACUUAAGCUUUGCUGAUCAUGACAAUGUUCUGCUUGUUGUAUCGUUUGAUAUGUUGCUAUGCUGUUUGACAUGAUCAAUGACAUUGCCAUUUUUAUUUAAUUUUGUCACGCCUACGCCAUUACACAUUCUGCUUUGUGCCUUCUGAAUUUGAGCAAUGGGAACUUUUUAAUCACUCUGCAAAUUUGUUGUGGGUUUUGCUCGUGUCAUUUGAUUUCACGGUAUCAAAUGGUAUUUCCUUGAACACAUGUGUUAAUGUUUUGGAGUCGACCGAGCUCUAUGGCAACGCAUGAUCCAUGUAGUCCACUGCAUAUGAUGAGAUGCAGGCUCCUUAUUGUUAAUGUUGUUGUUCUAUCCUAAGUUAUAUACUAAGUUAAUAUGCACACCAAUAGAAACAGGCUAGAGAUGAGGCUAGGGUCCUUGUUGCACAUAUUCAUUUUAAGACCGGAUAUUUUUUCCGAGGCUUCUACUUGUGUAUCCAUGAAUUAGAGGAUAACAGGCAACCAAGUGAUUUGGUGAGAGAUCGAAGUUGAAAGAACACGAUAACCUUGUUGGUAGCUCGGCGUCCAGGUCACCCCAAUUGGUAGAGAACAUUCUUAGUUCAAUGCUUGGCACUUUCUCAGGUCGUCCUGCCAUUUACUGUCAAAAUUAAUGAUGCAUAAGAAUAUAUCUUUGAUAAAUUGUAAACCCUUGGUGUUCUGUUAGUGCAAUCUUUCCUACUCUUGGUAUGUGUGUGAAAGUUUAUUACUUCUCAUCUUGACCUUGAAGUGUUUGACUAGGAAUGCUUUCAAACCUUCAGGGUUUUUGUUUGUGCAACCUCUCGUACAUUUUGGGUGUGCACUCUGUAGAAGUUGUAUUUUUCACCUUUACCUUAAAAUCUUGCAUGGUGUCUUCUUAUUCAGUUUGUCAUUCCUUAAUUCUGUUGUUCCAGGUUUCUUCACAAUUUUGUGCCUCCGACAAGUACAUUCUUACUUUCCCCAUUAAGGCUUUCACAUUUGGACAUAGAAGUAUAAAAAUGAUCCGGCGUGGAGGAUUCACAAUUGUGAAACUGAAGGCUUUGGGUUCGGUUUCGGGUGCCUCAAUGGUGGAGUACGGACAGAGAUACUAUCAAGUCAACUACCGCAAAGAUGCUGGGUAAGUGGAACAGCGAAAGGGAAGGGCAAGAUAAAGGAAGGUAAGCCAUUGAAGAGGUCAAAAGUAACUACCAAAAAAACAUCAGCAGCACCAGCAGGGGUUGGGCCCAGAAGAAAGUUCGAAUUUGAUGAGCUGGCUGAUGAAUGCCUGGGUUCAACUCCCCCCAUCAGAUACCUGAAACCCAGCGAAAAAUCCUGGGAGGCAGAGAGAGAAAAAAUGGAUCUGAAAAGCAAGGCCAUGGAAGAACAGCAGAAGAAGUGGAAGAAAAUGGCGAAGAAGAACGAGUUUGAAGCACCGUUUAUGAUGGGCCUUCCGGGUGGACUAUAUUUGACAAGUCUGGGCCUAGUGGAUGUGGAUAAGAUCCCGACGUAUGAGUUGAACGUGGAGGAUGGCCGAUGGCUGGCAAAGGAGUAUUCUCGGGUUUUGAUGAGGAAGCAUAGAGCUAGACAAGCUGCUGAGUCAGGAAUGUUGAGGUGUAAAAAAGAGGCAAUUGAGGCCUUGCCGGAUAACUUGAAGGCGGGGUGCUAAGGUUCCAGAUUUGACACCAUUUCCGAUUAAUCGGUUCAUGGCUACUUUAACGCCUCCUAUUGAAGGGUAUUUAGAAAAGGUUCAGGAAGCAGCUAAGAGAAGUGCCGGAAAAGAGAAGCUUAGAUGAGGCUUCGGGGGUGAAUAAAUUUUUGUUUUCUUUUUGGGGCCAUUUGGUGUCUGCAUCAUAUUUGUAUUGCACUGGCAGUAUCUUUUUCGGGGAAAAAAGGUUUUUGAUUCUGGUUGAACAAGAUUAGAAUGAUAAUGGUGGAUUUUGAAGUGAGAUUCACAUGGUAGAAGCUUGAUCAAUUUAGUAAAUCAUAUAUAUUGUAAGAUUACGAUGGGGGUCGUGGGACACCAAGAAAUAAUGCUGAAGUUAAAAAUUCUGAAUGAGGAACAAAAAAUGUGAAAUGUGUGAGAUUGGAGUCCGCAAUUCAUCCUCUAUUCUUUUUUCAAGGUGCAUCAUCUGGUAGCUAGCUGUUGGACAACAUAAUGCAGACUUGGUUGGGUUCCAAGAGUAUUCCCAAGAAUAUCUCAUUCAGUGGAAACAUGGCAUUGUAAAGCUAAGAAAAGAGUUAUAUGCAAGGCUUGUAUAUAUCACAUUUGGAGACCGAAAUUAGUGUUAAGAGAUUUGAGAAGAAAACUAGACAGUGACUGUGACUGAUUGCUGCUGAGAUUGAACAAGAAAUUGUUUUGAGGAUUCUUUUUUUUUUAAUAAAAAAAAAAAAGAUUCAGUCAACUACAAGUUAAGCAUGGUGAGGGUUUUAGAUGAUACAGAAUGCCAUUUCCUCUCUAAAUAUUUGAUCUUCAAACACUUAAUUAAUGUAGUGAAGUAUCUUGGAACUUCUAACCUUUUAUUUCAUUUCACUAUCUAUUUUUUCCUUUCCAUCUUUACAACAAGUCUAAAUUUCAAAAGAUGUUUUUUUAAGGGCAAUUGAAUUUGAAUGACUAUGUAUGUUCUUAAAAAGAUGUAAGAAUUUGAGUUAUUAGAAGGCAAUACGCUAGUAAAUUGGAAUUGAAAUUCAGCAGUAUGGAGAUUUCCAAGAAAAGAUCAAAACUUUAGGAGUAGCACCUUAUUAACAUCAAAGUUUUGGGAUAAAUUCGCUAUCAAACAUCACAUUGUUCUUAUUUAAUCAAUCAAAUUAAUUUUGGGAUAAAUCAACUUCUACUCAAUCGUAGGAAGGACACAAUAUUGAAAAAGGAACGGAAACGAACGUUCGACCCGGACGCAACCGAAGUAGUGUCUCCGCCAUCGGCCAAAAACACUACUAAAACUCCACUCAUUGCUUUACCCCUUUCAUUCUCCAAUCUUCUUCCCGCUCCUUUCCAACCCUUUGAUUACUUCAUACCCUUUAUCUUGCUCUGUGUUCGUGCCUGGUAACUGCAACUAGCAAUGGGUAAGGAGGAUGGUGAUCAGCCGGUUUCUGAACCACAGUUACAGUCUGCUCUCAAAUCCCGUCUUCCUCAUUUCAGGGACAACGCUAGUUCCCUUACUCUGGCGGGUAUUCGGAGGCUGCUAGAGGAAGACUUGGGCCUUGCCAAAAAUGCAUUGGAUGUCCACAAGACUUUCAUUAAGCAGUUCAUUGAUAAGAAUUUGCAUGCGGAAGAGGAGGUUGACUCCAGUAAGCCAGAAAAGGAAGUGGCAGAAAAUGUGAAUUCACCUGUGAAGGACAAAGAUUCAGGUGCAGUUAACUUUGUAAGUGAAUCGAAAUUGGAAGAAGACUCACCUAUAAAGGGCAUCUUGAGUACGAACACUGAGAAUGUCUCUAGCACACAAGCUGCUGAAAUUACGGAGAGCACGAUAAAGAAGGCUAUUCAGGAAAGAGCAGAGUACAUAAGAUCUCAGUCUGAGACAUUGACUUUAGCUGGAGCUCGUCGGUAUUUGGAGGGAGAGCUAAAACUAAGUACAAAUGCUCUGGACCCCUUCAAGAAAUUUAUACGUCAGGAAAUUGAUCAUGUAAUAGAUACUAGUACGGGUUCUUUAGAUAAUGAAAAUGUUGAUGAAGAUCAUGAAGAUAAAUCAAGAAAGAAACCUGUUCGAAGAGGUGAAGCAGAAAAAUCAGAGAGGGAGAAGAAACGUCAAAGAACUGAGAAGAAGACUGAUGUCACCAGCAAGAAGCCGCGGAAAAUUGUUAAAAAGCAAAUAGAGAAAGAUAGUGAUGCUGAUAGUGACAGAAGCGGAGGUGUUUCUGAAGAUGAUGAACCUAGAUCUUCUGCAGUGAAACCUGCAAAGAGAAAAGAAGCACCUGCUCCUGCUUAUGGGAAGCAGGUUGAUCACCUGAAGUCAGUAAUCAAAGCCUGUGGAAUGAGUGUUGCGCCAACGGUGUACAAGAAAGCGAAAUCGGUACCUGAUAGCAAACGAGAGGCUUUUCUGAUAAAGGAAUUGGAGAGCAUUCUCUUGAAAGAAGGAUUAUCAAAGAAUCCUUCUGAGAAAGAAAUAAAGGAAGUUAAAAGGAGAAAGGAUAGAGCAAAAGAGCUGGAAGGGAUUGACAUGAGCAAUAUCAUUACAAGUUCUCGUAGGAGGUCAACAAUGGGGUUUGUGCCCCCUCCAAGACCUAAAAAGACAGAAAAAAUUGGUGAUGAUGCAGCGAGUACCAAAAAGGAUGAGGAUAAUGGAAAAGAUGGCGGCGAGGAAGAAGAUGUUGUCAAAGAUGCCAAGAAGAAAGAAGAUAAUGAUAAAAAAGAAGGGGAGAAAAAAGAAAAAGAUGAUGAAGAAGAUGAAGAAGUAGAUGAAGAUGAUGAAGAAGAAGAUGAAGAUGAUGAAGAAGAUGACAGUCAAAGUGAAGAGUUUAAUGAUGGUAAGCUUGAAAUGUUUCAUUCUUUUACUUGCCAGAUAAGGACUUCUCAAUGGAGAAACUAUCUCGUUUUUUUAUUUAUCGGAUGUUGUUCAUGAUUAUAACCAUUACAGAAACUUAUUUUUGUUUUUUCCCUUUAAAAUUGAUAUUUGAAAUAUUCUGACAUGUCUGGAAAUGCCUUUUGAUUUAAAAAAUAAAAAGCAUUCACUCCACUCUUUGGCAUCUUUUAUAUGGAACAUAUCUUGCUGUUGUUUCUAUCAAACAAAAUUAUUGGUAUGAAAUUUCGCUUAUGUAGUUUUUUAUAAGAUUACUUAGGUUUUACACUAUGUAAAUUAAUACGUCUGUUAUUUAUGCAUGCUGUGCUGGAGCUUGUAAGUGCCUUUUAAGCAUAUCUGUGAACAACUUCUGAUUUUUCAUCUAUUGGGUAUAUCCUUACUUUCCUUUCUAAUGUGCUCGUUUAUUUUUGUUUUUUAUUAGUUUAGUGUUGCUUGCACAUCAAUUUUAACACUUCUUUUUCUCUCUGCUCAUAUUAUCUUCAUGUUUGUGUAUCUACAAUGCAUUUAGGUCAUAAUGGUGGUGCAUUAUGUUUAUUUGCGACAUGUCUCUCUUGCAGUAAUUAAAAGAGAUGGUUGAAUAACAGUUUGAUGCCCUGAAGUUAUUUUGGCUCAGGGUUUCCCUUGGUUCGAUAGUCCACCUUCACAUACAUCUGUCUCAUGUCAUGUUGAAUGUAGAUGGCAUUUAAGGCUUUGCAGUUAGUGGCUGCUCCCCCUAACUUGUCCAUGUUGCAUAUAUAUAUCAAGUGAGAUGAAAAGUUGUGAUGACUUUUUACUCAAUUGUUAAGAGAAGAAUUUCCUGAGCUGCUAAUUUGGUCUUGUCAAUGGAGUCCCAUAUUGUAAGGUUGAAUCAUCAGUGAUUGUUUACCUUUUGCUUGCAGAUGAUGAAGGCAGCGACUGAAUCCUGCUUCGUUAGCGCUAUCCCAGGAGACAGGAAGG